AUGCACUCGCUUUACGGGGCGGAGCCGUCCUAUGCCGUACAGGCGGAGGACCGCUCGGGCUGGAUCUUUGGCCCGCUCUUCUACACAUGGAUUGGCGACCUCAUGCAGCGCGCGGCGCGAGAGGAGCUGAGCGCGGAUCGGCUGCCGCGCCCCAUGCGGGAGUACCGCGCCUACAACGCCGGCGUCGCACUGUCCGCGGAGCUGCAGCGUCAGCGGGCGCGCCGCCAUGCGUGGGACGGCUACGUGGGCGCGCGCGUCGGGGUGCUCUGGGAUGACGCCAGCGACGGCGUGCUGCGCUGGGUGGGUGCGGUGCAGCAGUACGGCACGCCGCGGCAGCUGUACGCGGGCGUGGAGUGGCGCGUGGCCCCGUCGCGGCGUCGUGGCGGCUGGGCUGGCCGCUGCAUGCGCCGGCUGCUGUGCCGCCGAGGCCACAGCCCUGUCCCCGAGCACGGCCCGGGGGCGUACCACCGCGGCGAGGUGGAUGGCGAGCACCUCUUCGACCCUGUGGAGGACGACACGGUGCUGACGUGCGAGCGGGUGGAGGAUGUGUUUUUCUGGCGAGAAAAGCCCGAAGGGGAGGCCCGUGGAGCAUCAGCUACCGGAGAGGGUCCCGGCGGCGACUCAGAGGGGGGCGGUGGGGGAACAUCAGCGGAGAGUGGGAUAGGCAUUCCCGCCCCACCGACGUGCAUGUCUGUAACGCGGGCUCUCAUUCACGUUCUCCGCUGGCAACUGCUUCUUUUGGGGCUAUUGCGUGUGACAGUGGAGGUUUCGACUCUUCUGACUCCCAUGGCGCUCAGUUGGUACCUUCGCCUCCUCCAGAGCAGUGCAGACACUCCAUCUGCUGAUAGUGCAAGCAGCGGCGCCAGCAGCGCGGCUUCUACGUCUUCGGAGUUAUUCAGCUCUGCGGAGGGCGAGAGCAUGAGGGGUGGUGCGUGGCAGACCUUGGCAAGCGUCCUUCUCCUCUUUAGCAUUGCGCUCGUGCGCAGUCUUGCCCUUCAGAAGUACAUUCAGGUUGUUCACCGUAACGCGUACGCCAUUCGGUCGGCCUUGUCUUCCUGCGUCACAGCCAAGUGCCUGUGCAUUGCGUCGCGAGAACUCCGGCGUCCUGAGCUGAACCCUGGACGCAUCGUGAACCUCAUCUCGACGGAUGUGGCAAGUGUAGAGAGCAUGCUUUACGUCUUGUGGAUGACAGUGACGGUGCCACUUCAAGUGUGUGUUACUGUGUUCCUGCUCUACCGGAGCAUUGGGCAGAUGACGGGCAUCAGCAUUGUGGUACUGUUACCCUCCUUGCCGGUGCAGGUUGUUCUGACAAGAAUGACGUACGCUUAUACCUUAGACAUGGCAAAGCUCUCUGACGCCCGCAUUCGCUUUGUGAACGAGUUCCUCUCCGGCAUCCGCUCCGUCAAGUUCAUGAGUCUCGAGGACAUCUUCGAGAGGGAGAUCGAUAAGCGCAGAAGAGUCGAGCUCCGUGCUGUACGUCGAUACCAGCUCGUUUCCAUCGCUACCUCGUUGCUUUCCCAGUGUGUGCCAACCUGCACAACAGCUGCGGUCAUUGUGGCUUACUACCGCACGGGUAAGCCCAUGUCCCCCGCUGUCAUUUACCCCAUUCUCUCGCUGCUCGGCCUCCUGGAUAUCCCCUUUGAGGUCAUUGCGAACCUCAUUGGUGUGUAUGCGCAGUUCUUGGUGUCGAUGCGGCGCCUCACCUCCUUCCUCGCCGCUGACGACGCGCAGGCACGCGACAUCCUUGAGGAGGCUCUGGCGUCGGGGGAGGGCGACGAUGUAGGUGCUGUGCUGUGCAACGCGACGGUGAGCACCUACAAGGCUGUGCCGCUGCCACCACCCCGCAGCCGCAGAAGCAGCGGCGAGGGUGACACGCACUACGAGCUGCGCGCCAAGACGGUGCUGACGGACGUGGACCUGCGGGUGCCGCGCGGGCGGCUGACGGUGGUGCUGGGGCCGACGGGCAGCGGCAAGUCGACGCUGCUGGACGCGCUGAUCGGCGCGCUGGCGGUGACGCGCGGGCGCGUGGCGUGCUCGCGCAGCGUGGCGUACGUGCCGCAGCAGCCGUGGAUCAUGAGCGCGACGCUGCGCGACAACGUUGUGUUCUUCGGUGCGCCGGACGCGGUGGCCUUUGAGCGCGCGGUGCGCAGCAGCCAGCUGGCGACGGACCUGGCGCUGCUGGCGGACGGCGCGGAGACGGAGAUCGGGGAGAGGGGCAUCAACCUGAGCGGCGGGCAGAGGGCGCGCGUCAGCCUUGCGCGCGCCGUGUACGCGGACCGCGACGUGUACGUGCUGGACGACCCGCUGUCGGCGCUGGACGCGCAGGUGGGCGAGCGCGUGAUGCGCGAGUGCGUGUGCGGCGCGCUGGCCGGCAAGACGCGCGUGCUGGCCACGCACCAGGUCAGCGCCGCCGCCUACGCGGACCUGGUGGUGCUGCUGGAGGAGGGCCGCGUUGCCUUUCAGGGGAGCUACGCCGCCUACCGGGACUUCGCGCGCGUGCACUACGAGCGCAGCUUAAGCGGUAUCAGCAAGAGUUGGAGCUAUGCCGCGCACACUGUCAGCGAGCUGGCGUCGGCUGUCGACCUCGCCAAGCUUGACGAUGUGCUGGAGGAGAAAGCUGCGCUGUCGCGUGCGUUGACGGAGACGGCACUGGAGUCGAACGCUGCUGUGCUGUGCGUAGCGCACCCCCUGACACACAGCGUACUCAGUGACGCACUGACGGAGGCUGUGCCGAACGUGACGGUAGUGGAGAGUGGUGAGGAAAAGGCGGUGGGUGCUGUUCCGUGGGCGGUGUACCGGCGCUACAUUGAGGCGUGUGGCGGCUGGGGUACUGUCUGCAGUAUUCUCAUCUUUUUCCUCGUCACUGAGGCGGUCUCUCGGUCUGCAGACGUGUGGCUCUCCCUCUGGUCAGGAGGAAUGCUCGAAGGGCUCUCUGCGUACUGGCGCUUAGCUCCCUAUGUGGCAAGUGUCCUUGUGGCCAUCACCGUCUCUCCCUCCCGUGACUUGUGGUGCUUCACAGCAAUGCGCCGUGCGUCUUAUUCUGUUCAUGCGGGGUUGCUGCACACCCUGACCCGAGCACGGCUCUCCUUUUUCGACGUCACACCGCACGGCCGCCUCAUCAACCGCAUGUCACGCGACAUGGGCCUCAUCGACUGGGACCUCCCCGCCAGUGUCGACAUCCUCCUCUUUUUCUUCUUCUACCUCAUUGGGUAUUUUUUACUCAUGAUCACAUCGCAGCCCUUUGUCCUGGUCAUACUGGUGCCAGCGGUGGUGGUCUACAGCCGCAUUUUUCGCUUCUUCUGCGCUGCCAACCGCGAGAUGCAGCGCCUCCUGAACAUCUCGAACUCCCCCGUCUUCUCCAUCCUCAGCGAAGUGCUGGCGGGGCACUGGACCAUCCGCACCUACGGCCGCGAUCGUGACGUAAUGCGCGAAGUACUGGAGCGGCUGGACGGCGUGUUUGCAUGCGCCUACAUGCAGUGCAUGGGAAGCAACUGGCUGUCGGUGCGCGUGGAGCUGCUCGGUAACGUUGCCGUGUCGGGGCUUGCGGUACUUGGUGUGCUUUCCACGCAGCUGCCGUGGAUGCACAUGAACCUCGGGCUGCUGGCUCUCACCAUCAGCAAGGCGUCUUCCAUCACAAUGGUGCUGUCGCGCUUCAUCAUAUAUGGGGCGUCUGCGGAAGCGUCGAUGAACUGCGUGGAGCGCGUGCUGUACUACACGGACAACGCGCCGACGGAAGACAUGGGCGGCUGUAAGAGUGCUGUAGAGGCGUGCAGCAGUGAUGCGCUCUCGGCGGCUGCCGACGGCGGAGAGGCCGCUGCUGCGGCACCGGCGGGAUCGAUUGUGUUCGAGCACGUGGACAUGCGGUACCGGCCGGGGCUGCCGCUGGUGCUGCGCGACGUGUGCUUCGCGGUGGCGCCGGGGCAGAAGGUGGGCGUGGUGGGGCGCACCGGGAGCGGGAAGUCCACGCUGCUGCUGGCCUUCCUGCGGCUGGUGGAGGUGUGCGGUGGCCGCAUGCUGGUGUGCGGGCGCGACGCGCGCGACUACGACGUGCGGGGGCUGCGGCAGCUGUUCUCCAUGAUCCCGCAGGACCCGCUGCUGUUCGACGGGACGGUGCGCAGCAACGUGGACCCGUUUGGCCGCUGCGGCGACGCUGCGGUGUGGCGCGCGCUGCGGCAGGUGGGGAUGGAGGAGCGCGUGCGCGGCGAGGCGGGCGGGCUGGACGGGCGCGUGCAGGAGGGCGGCGCGAACUACAGCGUGGGCCAGCGCCAGCUGCUGUGCCUGGCGCGCGCGCUGCUGAAGCGCGGCAGCGCCUUCCUGCUCAUGGACGAGGCGACCGCCAACGUCGACCCCGCGCUCGACCGCCAGAUCCAGCGCACCGUGCAGCACACGUUCCGCGACUACACCGUCGUCACUAUUGCGCACCGCCUGCACACCGUGGCCGCCUGCGACGCCAUCCUCGUCAUGGACCAGGGCCGCGUUCUCGAGUUUGGCUCGCCGCGCGAGCUGGUGGAGCGCGAGGGAUCUGCGUUCAGUGCGUUGGUGAGGUCGCUGAGCAAAGGCGCACAGCAGGCGUUCCGUGUGGCACUGGAGGAGAGGUAUGGGAGUGCGUCUGUGUAA